UUCAAGGUAGUAAAAUCCUUCAAAAUUCCAAAUUCUUUUACUCCAUCCAUGAGUCAGUUCACUAUAAUUCGAAAGCACACAGAAGCCUUUACGAGGCUGCGUGGUUUUCGUCUCCAUGGAAAGCUAUUUAUCCAACUAAAAAGUCCGUUUCGCUCUCUCUUGUCAAGGCGUCGAUUCCAUAAUGGCCGAAAAUGAUGACAACGAUUUGUUGGACUACGAAGAGGAGGAGACAGAAACCGCCGCGGAAGCCCAGGCAGCUAAAGAUCUAGCGAAGAAGGACGUGAAGGGUACCUAUGUCAGUAUUCAUAGCUCUGGCUUUAGAGAUUUUCUUUUAAAGCCGGAACUUCUGCGCGCCAUUGUCGACUGUGGAUUCGAACAUCCGUCAGAAGGUAUUUUCAGCACACUUGUCGAUUCCAUCUCAGCAUUAUCUUGUUAACGAGCAUCUUUUUAGCUUUAGUUGUUUACACGGCGUUAACAAAUGUCCUGUUGAUGUGAAUUCCCUAUCUCAUCGAGAAGAGCGAGAUUUCUUGAAACUGAAAAGCUCUUGGUUUAUAAAUUAUUCAAAAUGAAAAUAUUUGAAAGUGCGUUAGGUUUCUUGUGUCAGGUAACCUGAUUUUCUAAACAAUGACAGUGUUCGGUUUUCAAUUUUCAAAAUUCCUAAUCCCGAAAUUAAAUGUUUCCAUGGUUUGAACUCGCAAACGUAAAAGCUUGGCUUGGGCAUAUGUGCCCCAACGUGUAGGUUUAGGUUUCUUUUGUCCACUUUCUUAAGGCCAUUCCAUUUUAAUGUUCCCCCCCCCCCCGGUGCGCUAAAGAAGUGCUAUGAAGUUCUCCUAACCCUCAGAAAAAGUCCACUUUUUCCCAAAGCGUGCAGAAAAAUGCAUUGAUGAACAUACAGCUCCUUAGAAAAUGUGUCCAACAUAUCAAAUAGCUUAACAAAAUUUCUGCUUUUCUGCUACUAGCCAUAUGGGCACUUUUAAUUGUCAGCUCAUGGUGUCAGCUAGAACUGAUAUGGUGGUUACCAUGUUUUUUUUUCUACAGUUCAGCACGAGUGCAUUCCUCAGGCUAUCCUGGGCAUGGAUAUCAUUUGUCAAGCUAAGAGCGGCAUGGGAAAGACUGCAGUGUUUGUUCUGGCAACACUACAGCAGUUAGAGCAGGUUGAUGGUCAAGUCAGUGUGCUGGUUAUGUGCCACACACGAGAGUUGGCCUUUCAGAUCUCUAAAGAGUAUGAAAGAUUUUCUAAAUACAUGAAUAACAUCAAAGUUUCAGUGUUCUUUGGUGGCAUCAGCAUCAAGAAGGACCAGCAGACCCUCAAGACCAACUGCCCACACAUUGUCGUUGGCACACCUGGCAGAAUACUGGCUCUGACACGCGAGAAAACACUUAAUCUCAAGCAUAUCAAGCACUUCAUCCUUGAUGAAUGUGACAAGAUGUUGGAACAGCUUGGUAAGAAGUGUUCACAUUAGUUUUUUCGUUUGUGUACAGAAGGGGUGUAGAAUGAUUCCUCAAAAAAUGUGUGCCUUGGAAAUUUUUGGCCUGAUCUCAAAAGCUUGGUUCAAGCAUUUGUGAUAGAUUUUGAAGUCACAGUUUUGGGUGAUUUUGUGUCUUGGGAGUCUCGAAUAUUUUUAAGAAAUUUACCUUUCUAUAUCUCUUACAGACUUAGUGGUGGUAUUAAACACCAUGUUUAUUGUCUUCAACCUCAGACCAGAAGCCCUGACAUUUUCGUUGAGUCAUUUCCUGAUGCACAAACAUUUAAUUUAUAUUUACUUAGCCCACCCACUAUAAAUGACUGUGAAUUAGCAUCAUAAUGUUAGAAGAAACCGGAAGGUGUAUGAAAUUCCAUUUUGGUGUAGUAGCUUAUGCUCCUGGAUCCAUUUUGCUACAGAAACUGGGUUUUACCAUUUGUCCCUUACCUGGUUAUCAAGCUUCAUAUUGCCUCUCACUGCUCCUAGCAGAGCAGGGCAGAAUUUUUUUUAAAGAAAUGAUUUAACUUUUCCUCACUUUUGAUGUCCAUUAUUGUUGCCUUACAAUAAUCUGGUACAUAUGUUCCUUCUUUACCCUAAAGAAUUCUGACCGUUACUUUCCUUUUGUAUGUAGUCCUGAUUUACUGUCAUUUUUCUUAUUAUUCACUCAUAUACUUUAUCAUGUUUAUUCCAGAUAUGCGACGAGAUGUCCAAGAAGUUUUCCGCAUGACACCGCACGAGAAGCAAGUUAUGAUGUUCAGUGCCACCCUUGCCAAAGAGAUCCGUCCUGUCUGCAAGAAGUUUAUGCAAGAUGUAAUUAUACCUCCUAAGUUCCAUUGUCAAGUCUGUUGUUGAGCAUUCAUCAUCCUUGUGAAGGAGAUGAUGACAAAGCAUGCUGCUUCCUAAGCCUACAGGCACGCUUGGCACUUCCUUGUAGAAGGUUCCCAUUUGGGUGCUAGUUAGCUUGCUUUUGUGCAUGUUUUAAGCUUUGUUGGUCCAACAAAAUGGUGGAAAAAUUGAAAAAAUGGAAAAAGUUACAAGUCCUAAGAAAGGAAUCGUCUUUUGAUAUAGUUUGGAAAGCUAUGAGGGGUAGUGCUGAUAGGUUUUCAGUUGGCGAGGUGGUUAUUUUUUUGUGACUGAAUAGUUGCUGGUUUGGAAAGCGUUGGUGUGUCUGUUAUUGUUGGGUGUAUACUUGAUUGGUGUGUCUGUGUUAUUAUUGGGUGUACUUGAUGUCAUGGGCUACAGUUGUUGUUGUGUUGGAUGGUAGUAAUGGGCUUUGGUGAUGUUAUUGGAAUGACAAAUCUUAGCUUACCCUUCUGCUUGGAAGUGCCAUGCCUGCCAUGUUCAUCACUCGACCUUGAUGCCUUGAAGAGCUGUUCGUGGUCAGAUCGUGAGAUGUCUUGAUCAUGAUGGUUCAGCGAGCUAACUCAAGCAGGGAGGAGCUCAUGACACCAAGUCAGAUGAUGUCAGUUGGUUUCAUCUCCGGGAACCUACCCUAGCCAGCCCUGACUCUGAGGACAAUGUGACCUUUUCUCCAUGUGAAUUGCUUUCAGCUCCAAAGUGGCACUAAAACCAGAUUAAACGAAAAUGCCAUUUUUUCCUUUACUGUUUGAUUUCGUUACAAUAGCAACUCUUUGGCUAUUGAACGUAUUUUGUACUGAUGCUAUCCUGCACAGAAAGAGUUUUUGCAACAGAACAAAAUUCUAGUUGCAGGGAAUACUGAAUUUGUGACACUUGAUGUUUUACUUAACUUGGAGCUGAAACUGUUUUUGUUUGAUUUCAUGCUAAUUUGAUGAAUGUAAAAAAAACCUCUUUAUUACUAAGAUCUGUUUUUAGUGAUCAAAUUCUAUUUUAUGCCUGUGUAGCUUGGAGUGUAUUUUUUUUUUGCAUUGGCAAAGGAAAUGUAACAGCACUGCCAAAGUGAGCUUCAAACAAGAAUGUAGUAGUAGUUUACUCUAACUAACACAUGUAAUUAUCCUUCAUGUUACGAUUUGUUGUCAUUGCUUGAAAAGUACAGUCAGGCACACAGGUUUGCAAUGUUCUUGUGUUGUUUUUUACCCUCUAUUGUGGUAAGGAUUGUUAUUCUCAUCUCUCUUCUCACAAAUAGCCCAUGGAAGUUUAUGUUGAUGAUGAAACAAAGCUCACAUUGCAUGGCCUUCAACAGUACUAUGUUAAACUCAAAGACCAGGAGAAGAAUAGAAAGCUUUUUGACCUUUUAGACGUGUUGGAGUUUAAUCAGGUAUUGACUUAAUCGUGUUUAACCAUAUAUCCUGGGGACAGAGAAUUUGCAGUUUUUUAUAUCGUGCAGUGAUAGGUGAUAUCGUACAGGAUAUGCAGGGCAAAUGAUUUCACAACAUAAGGAACAAUUUGGUAUUAACAAUGACUUAUACUUUUUCUUUUGCUUAGAUGCAAGGAUGCAUUGUAGUAACAAUGUAUCUCCCUAAAAAUUAAAAAUGCCCCUGUUAUAUCUGAAAGAAUGUAUGACAGUUGCAUUUUUGGGGAGACACCUUUAGGGGGUCAAUUUCUGAACUAUGAUUUUCCCUCCCUUUUUUAAACACAGUUAAAUCUGCAUUAUACAGACCUGCAUUAACCUGGAUAAGCCAUCAGCUCUUUUGUGCUCCCAACAAUUUACUUUUCAUUGUCUUAACCUCUACUAACUGGUUACUAUGUCAAGAUGUAGCAGUAACAGAUACAAGGCAUCCACUGGUCUUUUACUUCCUUUUUUUGGAUAAGAAGAGGUAGAAACAUGUUGAGGUCAACUUGUGGUGCUAUAAAAAAUAUGCUUUUUCACUUUCUCUAUUUUGUUGAGUAACUCUUAGUUUUGUCAAACCUGUAGUAAGUGGUCAGUUGAACACUGGGAUGUGUCUGGUAAAUUUCUGUAGCGAUGUGUCGGAAAGACAGGUACCAACUCUGCCUGUUUUUAAAGAGAAUGUUUGUUGUUUAUUGCGGGUAGUGAAAUUGGUGUUAAUAAUGCCUUUUUUACAGGUCAUAAUCUUUGUCAAGACAGUUUAUCGCUGUGUGGCUUUGGCAGGGCUACUGGUUGAACAGAACUUCCCAGCCAUUUGUAUCCACAGAGAUAUGAAGCAGGAAGAAAGGUUAGUCACACUUGACUGUUGUAAAAAAAUUGUCACUCAUUUCCAGACAUUUCACGAAGAAAAUCGAUUGCUGGAUGCCCUCUUCUUGGUAUUUUUUUAUAAGAACCUUCUAACCAAUUUUUUAUUCAUGCCCUGGUUAUUUUCUUUUGUUGUCAGGCUGUCUCGUUACAAGGAGUUUAAAGAUUUCUCCAAGAGAAUGCUGGUUGCCACCAACCUGUUUGGCCGUGGAAUGGACAUUGAGAGAGUGAAUAUUGUCUUCAACUACGACAUGCCUGAAGACUCUGAUACCUAUCUUCACAGGGUAAAUAAAUCUAACAGGAAUUAUUUUCCAAAAAACAUUAGACUAGAAUCAAACUUUUGCAGUCAAAAGUUUGAUUGUUGAGAUAUCAAUGCCAUUGGUAACAAAUAGUGUUUUAUUUAGCACAUCUUUUAAUAAUAUUGCACUUAACUUAUCAAACAUUUAAUGUUGUGUUGAAAUAUCAUUUGUGCAUGAGUCAUGAUGUUAGCACUGUAGAAGUGAUCUGUGCUGUGGAACAGUUGAUGGGUGGCAGUAAUUUUUAACUCAACAGAACAUUGUGCCCUAAAGUUACAGCAUUUACAGUGCAGAAGAGUCUUUAUUCCUUUGCUGCUAAAGUUUUUGCUUAUACUUUUUCACUUAUUUCUUAAUGUCAGGUUGCAAGAGCAGGACGUUUUGGUACCAAAGGUCUUGCCAUUACAUUUGUAUCAGAUGAAAAAGAUGCCAAGAUAUUGAAUGAAGUUCAAGAUCGAUUUGAAGUGAAUGUAGGAGAACUCCCCGAGGAAAUUGACCUUUCAACAUACAGUAAGUUAAUUUUUGUUGUAGACCUACUGUGA